AUGAACGAUUCAACAGGUUACAAUGGUCGUUCUCGUCCACGAGCACAAUCUCUUUUUGAAUAUCGUUCACAGACUAAUGCUGAGAUAACAGUUGCUCUAUUCGAUAGAUUAAUUGCAUCUCAAGAUACAAGCAGUGCGUCCAAUGAAACUACUGAUUGUUCAGAUCAAUCUGAUAUUAUUAUUCGUACUGGUCUACGACGUACAAUAUUUUUCAUAACUCAACCUAUUAUUGCUGGAUUUUUUAUUUUUCCAUUACUGAUACUAUUUUGGCAGGCCGGAUGGAAUUUUAUGGUUGUAUGGCUUGAAACUCCUACGAAUCAACAUUGGAUAGUAUUAGUUAUGCUUUAUUUCUUGGCUCAAUUCAUCUUUCUGUUUAUCUAUUUAAAUCAAGAUCAUCUAUAUGAUUAUCUUCAUAAAAAGAAACUUAAUAUAUUUAUUUCUCUUGUUGUACAAUGUCAUAAUUUUAUUGUUUCUUCAACUUAUAUUAUACAAUGGGUAUCAAUGUGGACAGUAUGGGACCGUUAUACACCAGCUGAUUGGUUACUUAUGCUUACAAUUAGCAUAGCAGCUCUAUUAACUGUUAUUGGUUUAAUGGGACAUCCAUGUGAUCUUGUCUGUGCUCCAUUCAUACUCAGUUAUGAUUCUGUUGAAUAUAAUAUUCGAAUUGGAUCACCAUUUUUAACAAAAAACAUAAGUGAAUGUUUUGCUCAUUUUCUUAAUUAUAUGUUUUAUGAAUAUAUUAUAUCACUACUAUCUAUCUUGGCAUGGCGUGGUUCCUACACAUUACUUGAUGUUUUCCUUUUUCCAAAAAAUCCCUUAAUGUCCGCUGUUUCAAGUCUUUUUCUUGGUUAUCCAUUAUAUUUUUUACUUAUGUAUACUCAAUCUUCUAUGAAAAAACUGUGUCAACUGCCAACGAUUACGUAUUUAAAUUAUCCAUCUUUAAUAUGUAAUAUUCGUCAUCUAACCGCUUUUUCUGCAUGUGUCCUAUUAUGGAGAGGAUUUUGGCUUUUAUUUGAUACAUACAUUGCUACGAUGACAUUAGCAAUAAAAUCUCCUUAUUUAUUCUAUCUAAUAUGUAUGUUUAUAUCUUUUUUUAUUUUAAGUCUUUUGAGAACUGCAUCAUCUAUUAAUGGUCCUAUGUCGCAUAUGUUCGAUCAAUAUGAUCUUUUUCCUGAUUAUCCAAAUUGUUAUUUAGUCGAGUGGUUUAAUCAAAUGAAAAAAAUAGAUGAUACUUCAUCAAAAUCAAGUAAAAAUACAAGGAUUUAA